AUGGCGAAGAACAGGAGGAACAGGGUUCGGCCUCACCGAACGGAUCCCAUCGCAAAGCCGGUCAAGCCGCCCACAGAUCCGGAGCUGGCUGCCCUGCGAGAGAAGAGCAUUUUACCAGUGUUGAAGGAUCUAAAAAGCUCAGACCCCAAGUCGCGUACUACGGCCGCAGAGGCUAUUGCCAACAUCAUUCAUGACGAGAAAUGCAGGAAGCUUCUACUGCGGGAGCAGGUCGUGCACAUUGUCCUAAGUGAAACCCUCACCGACAGCAGUCUCGAGUCGAGAGCCGCUGGUUGGGACAUUCUCCGCGUGCUCGCCGAGGAGGAAGAGAGUGACUUCUGUGUCCAUUUGUUCCGGAGUGACAUUCUCACUGCCCUCGAACACGCCUCCAAAUUGGUCAUCACUACUCUCACGGCUUCAGACCCGCCUUUCGAUAAGGCUACCAAGGCGCAGCAACGCUUCGUGUGGGAGAUCGUCAGGUCGCUGAUAUCUCUGCUUGCUGCUCUCUCGGAAGCCCGUGAUGAGAUCCUCGCAGCGGUCGCCAGCAAUUCUGCAUUGACACAAUUUCUCCUCUCCAUAGUCUCGAACGCUCUCACGCCGCCUGAGCUCGUCGACGAAGCACUGCAGUGCCUCACGACCUUGACUGAGGACAGCCGCACUGUAGCACAGGCUGUCACUGACGAGUACGCCUCCCCUUGCUAUUCUAAGCUGCUGUCCUUCACCCAGACCGGUGGUUCCAGAGGCGUUCUGGCUUGUGGUCUCCUCCACAAUGCGUUCUCAACGCUGGAGUGGUUUGAUAUGACUCCCGGCCGAGGAGGCGCGAGCGAUGCCCUGCUCGUCCCUGCUCUCGCUAGAACGCUCGAACGUACCAAGCUGGAUGAGCAGUCCAUGAGCGAUGAGAAACUCGGCCUCAGCUCGGCCGAGGUUGUGCAACUUGCGCUUGAGAUACUCGCAGUCAUUGGCACAGACUUGCAAGCCGCUCUGGAGAAGGGCAACAAGGCGGAAUGGGCCGGCAUCGACGAUAACAAGGAGCCUCCAGCAGCUAAAGGAGACGAUGAAGACCACGCGAUGGACGAUGAGGCCGAGGACGACGAGGCCCCGGAAGAUGAAGAUGAAGACAAUGAGAUGACGGCCGAGGAGAUGGAGGCAGACAUGGACAUGGUAACAGGCCCGGACGAUCUGAACGAAGAAGACGCAGGGCUGGACGAUCUUCCCACCCUUCGCGAGCUUAUCCACAAGGCUGUCCCGCAGAUGAUCCGUCUCGCCAACCUCUCUUCCCCCGCCAGCGACGCUCUCCUCGCCGUGCAGUCCGCCGCGCUCUCCGCCCUCAACAAUCUGUGCUGGACCGUAUCUUGCCUCGACUUCUCCAAUGGCGAGAACGCCGGCGUCUACGCCGCCUGGCAGCCCGCCGCUCGGAGCAUCUGGUCCGGCGCCAUCACGCCCAUCCUCUCCAGCGACACCGCGGACCUCAGCCUGGCCACUCUGGUGACCAGCCUCGCGUGGGCGGUCUCGCGCAGCCUCGGCGGCAGCACGCCCCUCCAGGGUGACGAGCACCGGCGCUUCAUCUCGCUGUACCAAGCAUCCAAGGGCGCGUCGUCCAGCAACGAGGGCGAGGCGGCCGAGGAUCCCUUCCAAGGCCUCGGCGUCAAGUGCAUCGGCGUCCUCGGCCAGCUGGCGCGCGACCCGGCGCCGACCGCCCUGAACCGCGAGGUCGGCGUCUUCCUCGUGUCUCUCGUCGGAUCGCUGCCGCAGGCGGCACCGGCCGACGUCGUCGAGGCGUUGAACCAGCUAUUUGACAUUUACGGAGACGAAAACUUUGCCUGCGACAAGGAGGUGUUCUGGAAGGACGGCUUCCUCAAGCAUCUCGAGGAGAGCCAGCCCAAGCUCAAGGCCAUGGCCAAGGGCGUCGACAAGCGGGCCUUCGGAGAGCUCAGAAGUCGCGUGGACGAGGUGAUGAUCAACCUGAGGCGGUUUAUUCAGUACAAAAAGAAGAACGAGCCUAAAUAG